UCAGUAUCUUAGGUAGUAAUUUACACAUACCCAAUUCCAAGAUAUUCAUACCUUAGUUGGGAGAUAGAUAUCACUAAAACCGAAUUUGUUCGACAAGAUGAGUAGCAUUACCAAAGUUGCAAUCGCAGGGGCUACCGGCAACGUAGGCCCAGCAGUACUAAAACAGCUCCUCGAAGACGGUUUUGAAGUCACCGUACUUGCCCGCAAAGGAGCCACGAAAAAAUUCCCGUCCUCAGUGACUGUUGCUGAAAUCGAUUAUGAGUCUCCCGAGUCACUUGAGAAGGCGCUCAGUGGCCAAGACGCGGUUGUGUCAACCGUUGGCUUCGAGGGGUUGCCAUACCAAAUCCCUCUAAUUCGAGCCGCAGUUAAAGUCGGCGUCAAGCGCUUUAUCCCCUCGGAAUAUGGUGGAGAUGCGGAGAACGAGAAGGCUCUUAGCUUACCUCCAUUCCAAGCGAAGAAGGCUGUCACCGAAGUCCUGAAGAAGGAGGCAGCGGCUGGUUCUAUAACAUACACGCUGAUAUCCACCGGGCCUUUCUUGGAUAUGGGGCUCCAGUACGGCUUUCUCAUCGACCCCAAGGGCAAGAACAUUACACUUUGGAACGGCGGCGACAGGCCUUUUAGCAUCACCACUGUCGCAUCUACCGCCAAGGCCGUGUCGGAGGUGCUUAAGCACCCUGAGGAGACCAAGAACCGCAAUGUUUAUGUGCACAAUGUACAAAUUUCCUUGAAGAAGCUCCUCGAGCAAGCUAAGAAAGCAGUUGGAUCGGACGGAUGGAAGUCAGAAGUCAAGUCUACCGACGAGCACCUCAAGCAAGCCUACGCAGAGCUCGAGAAGGGUAAUCACGAUAGAAUGGCUUUUAUAGCUGCGGCGAUAUGGGGAGAAGGAUACGGUAGCCACUUCGAGAAAGUAGAUAACGAUCUGCUCGGCGUGAAAGAAUUCAGCGACGUAGAGCUCCAGGACUUCAUAAAGGGCUUUGCAAAUUAGGGUCAUGUACAGUUUAUCGACCUAGAUACCUAUGACUAAUUCUUUAUUCUCAAAUAAUAUAUUCCAUGGUGAAG